UGUCUCACACAGAAUAAAAAUUUGCGGGGAGUGAUACUGAGUACGGACUAAAUCCACUUGGGUUUACAGUGAAAAUAUACGCGUUUACAUUUUUCUAUACACUAAGGAUUUUAUCUUGUGGCAGAUCUUGGCAGAUCGCCGCCGUAUGGACGAUGAGGAGGAUGAUGUGUUUGAACCAGACUCCCACUGCUGGCGCACAGCCUUCAGGGAGAUAAAGUACGAGGACAGGGGAACCCAGACACCCAGCCCUGUCCUGCCACUGCCCAAUAAUAUGCUGCCCUGCGGGGUGGCCCAGGAGCCCAGACCACUCUUCUACGGCAACGCAGGCUUUCGAUUGCACUUCCCAGCGCAGUUUGAGCGUGUUGGAGACCAGGGGCCUCUGGGAGAGCGAGGGGGGAUGGAGAGGCUCAAUCAGCAGCCCCAGCAGCCAGCACGCAGCAUAGAGAUCUGCAUUGGACAGAAACUCCAACUCAUCGGAGACCAGUUCCACCAAGAACAUGUUCAAGUGUAUCACCGAAACCAAAGAAACAUGAGGCCCUUGUGGAGGCGCCUGGCCUCGGCUCUGCUCACCCUGCUGUUUGAGCAGGAGGCCAUCGCUGGAGGGGAGAGAGCAGGGUGGAGGUGAUGGAGAGGACCAGCCCAGACUACCCCUCUCCCACAAGGACUGGACUCCUAAUGGCACUGUCAAAUCUAACACGGGUCUGUUGGGGAAAAAUAACAAAAGAGAAAAGGUCCCCGCGGGACGGAGACAACCAUUUUUUACGAGGUCGUUUUUUCCCAAGAAGAUGCCAUGUUGUUUCACGAGAUUCCUCUACUGGACGAUGUCCUUAUUUUGGUAAUUGUUUGAUGUAGUAUUUUGUACAGUACAUUAUUCCUGUUGAAUUUGUUUGCACUUCCGUAUGUGUACAUCUUGAAUGGCCUCCAUGGUCCCGGGAAUGCCUUGUCAAUGUCUUCUACCACAACCCAAUGACUGUUGACAAGAACCAAGCA